CACUCACUCUGUCGAGCUGGUUGUGCUGUCAGCUGUCUGUCUUCUCCACGGCUGGCGCUCCUCUGCUCUGCUCUCCACGUCCGGGAACGCAGCCGCCUCCGCCUCCCACGGUCGACGCAACUCGGGUCAUCUCGCCCUCUCACCACGGCGACGGUGGCUCCCGCCCGGAUCUGAACCAGCCGCACCCUACCGGAUAACAGCAGCUAGCUAGGCGGCACCGGCAGGAAGGCAGGCCUCCGACGCACAGCAGCUGGUCAGAUCCCCCAUCCCCUCUCCGUGGCACAAUAGGAUCAAUGCCUGAGUUUGGUUGACCACACAGAGAAAUAAACUACGUGGUACCCAUCCCUGGCCUGCUGUGCUGUGCUGCAACUCAAUCCCCCAUUUGCAGCAGCUAGGUACUAGGCAGGAAGGAAAGCAGGCAGGCGGCACCCCAUCACCGGCGCGCUUGCGCUAACGUGUUGCACAUCGUUCAUCCCUGCGUCCGGCCAGGGGAUGGCUGAGGCCGCCCUCGGCGCGGCACAAUGGGUGGUGGAGAAGGCGCUAGGCCCCGUUGCAGAUGGCUUGCUGGGGGCUUGGUCAGCCAGCAGCAACCUUGGCCUCAACAUCGAGGACCUCAGGAUGGAACUGCUGCUCGUCAAGGCCACGCUCCAACAAGCUGCCCGCAAGGAGAUCUGCGGUACGGCCAUGGAGGAGCUGCUGCAGAGGCUGCUGGACUCGGCACGCAACGCCGAGGACUUGCUGGACGAGCUGGACUACUUCCGCAUCCACGACGAGCUAUAUCAUACAUACGAUGCUGCUGACCAGCACGGCAAGGGUUGCGUCUGCAACCUCGCCCUCAAUGCUCGCCACACCGUCAAAGCUCUUGCCAAACAGCUGUCAUCCUUGUCCGCGUACUGCUUUGGUGCCAACACUGGUGGAGGUGGUGAUCACCGGCAGGGAGUUGCAAGACAACAUGUCAGUUGUUGUGCUUGGCCGUGUGGCAGAGGGCAGAGACUACCUGCCGAUUCCUCCUCGCCGCCAAACGCCAACCAGACUGGUCAGGAGCUCAGUGGAUGCAUGCCCAAGCUCGGUAAACUCCUCCCUUGCUUAUCUUCCCCGCAUCCGCAUGUUCAUGGUGAUGAAGUUGGUGCCAAUGCGCAAGAAGCACCAAUGCAUGAGUUUAAUAGGGUCGAUUUCUCUCAAAGGAUGAAGGGCACAGUAGAGCAACUGAAGCUUAUGCGCAAUGAGGUUACCAAGAUUCUGCAAGGUUGUGGCCCUAGAACCAUCCCAGACAUUGCCCAGAGCCGUCCCAUCACCAAAGGUCGAAUUGAUGAGCCAAAACUGUACGGGAGGGAGACUGUCAUGAAUAGCAUCAUACAUGAUAUCACCAAGGGUCAAUACUGUACCAAGGGUCUAACUGUGCUUCCGGUUGUUGGUCCUGGGGGAAUGGGAAAGACAACUCUGAUACAACACAUAUAUCGCAACCAACAGGUGCAGAAUCAUUUUCCAGUCAGGAUUUGGAUGUGUGUGUCAUUCAAUUUCAAUCUGGAUAAGGUGCUAGAACAGAUUGAAGUAGGUACUCGUCCAGUUGAAAGUGAAAAGGAGGGCAGUACAACUGAAGAGUUGAUUGAAGAAAGAUUGAAAUCUAAAAGGUUCUUACUUGUAUUGGAUGAUAUAUGGCAGAUUAGUGAUGUGGGUGACUGGGAAAAACUCCUGUCGAUACUCAACCAAUCACAAGAAAAGGGUUCCAUGGUUCUAGUCACAACUCGGUUUCGAGCAAUAGCACAGGUGGUUAAAACAACUGGCCAUUCAAUAGAACUGGAUGGUUUAAAUUCUGGAGAGUUUAGAAAGUUGUUUCUCACAUUUGUCUUUGGCGAUGAGCAAUGUCCAAGGGACAAACAUUUUCUGCUUGAGACCGGAGAUAAAAUAAUGGAAAAACUAAAGGGCUCCCCUCUUGCAGCAAGGACUGUUGGUAGAUUGCUAAGUAAAGACCAUAGUUUGGGGCAUUGGAAAAGGGUCCUAAACAGUAAAGAAUGGGAAAAGCAAACCAAUGGAAUUAUGUCUGCCUUGAGGCUUAGCUAUGACUUUCUCCCUUUCCAUCUGCAGCAAUGUUUUUCCUAUUCUGCAUUGAUUCCUGAAGAUGUAUAUCUCAGAAGCUAUGAUCUCAUCAGCCUGUGGAUCGGACUAGAUAUUUUGAUACCUAGUGAUCAAAAUCAAACAUCUGAAGAUAUAGGUUUGAGCAAUUUAAAUGAGUUAGUCAAUUAUGGAUUUUUCAGGGAAGAUUCCGGUGGUCAGCGGUAUGUUAUGCAUGACCUACUACACGAUUUGGCAUUGAAGGUUGCAUCGCAUGAUUGUCUUUGUUUACGUCCCCCUAAUGUUGGAUCAGUGGUAAUUCAGCCAACCACCCGUCACUUGUCUAUAAGCACACAUGACUUAGGCAAAUAUGAUGAAGUGUCAGGUGAAAAAUUAAGAAGUGAAUUGGAAGAACUGAAGACAAAAUUGAAGGGUGAACAUUUGCACACAUUGGUGUUAUUGGGUAAAAUGGAUGGAAGUUUUGCCAAGAUAUUUGGUGAUUUUUUUCUGGAAGCAAAUGCUCUUCGUGUUCUUUAUUUGUUUGACAUGAUGUAUCCCAUGGAGUUCAUGUUACAUCACUUUUCAGGACUUGUCCACCUACGAUUCCUAUGUCUAGGGACAUGUGACAGAGAGAUGCAUUUACCACUCAACAUCUCUAAAUUUUAUCAUUUAAGGGUUCUAGAUCUUGAGCCAUGGGGUGGGAGUUGUGAUUUGCCCAGAGACAUGAGCAAUCUUGCAAAACUGUGCCAUAUUCAUACCCGUGAUGGUGAGCUUCAUUCUGGUAUUUAUAAUGUGGGAAAACUUAAACUCUUAGAAGAGUUGAAGGUAUUUCGAGUCAAUAAAGAAAGUGAAGGAUUUGAAGCAAAGCAACUAGAGCAUUUAAGCAAGCUCAGGGAGCUUGGCAUCUACAACCUUGAGAAGAUAGAUACAGCAAAAGAAGCAGCUCAAGCAAAACUGAUGGAGAAAAAAUACUUGAAGAGGUUAUCAUUGAACUGGGAUAGUGAGCGGUCUACUGUUGAGGCUAGUGUUGAAGCAGCGGUUCUUGAGAGCCUUCAACCUCAUGGAGAUCUUCAAGUGUUGUGUAUUAGAGGGCACGGAGGUCUUUCUUCUCCAACAUGGCUGGCAGAGGAGUUCGCUGUUGAAGCUCUACAAUCUCUUUAUCUGAAUGGUGUUUCUUGGGAAGUUUUCCCUUCUUUAGGGAAGGCUUGUGAUCUUCGUGAGCUAAAAUUGAAGCAUAUUGCCAGACUGAAGGAUUUUAUCAUAGAGAGAAGCUUUUGCAGGCUAAUAAAUCUUACACUCAUUGGCCUAGGAAGUUUUGAAAAUUGGGUUUACACAGGUGAACAAGAGUCUUCCGUUGGUGGAGACUUGUUGCCACCGACUGCUCACAUGUUUCCUCUUUUGCAAGUUCUGAUUAUUAGAGAGUGCCCAAAACUCUUGGGGUUUCCUUCUCCAAACCACAUUGUUUCCCCAGAUUGGUUCCCCAAGCUACAAGAGCUUGAGGUAAACUGCUGUUCAGAGUUCUCGUCAGCGAUUCUCAUCUCCUGGAUUGAAGGUCUGCGUCAAGUCAUGAUGAAAAAUGUAAAGUUACUGAAGCAAUUUUGGUACUCAAAAUCAUCCGGUGGAGCAGAAUUGAGAAUUACCGGAGAGAGUGAUCUGCUUAGCUUAGACCAAGUGCUGGUUUUUGAUAAAGAAACAGGUCUAGAGACGCUGACACUCGAGAGGUGCCCACCUCUGGAGUUGAAGCACCUUCUGAUGCUAACAUCGUUGAAGACAUUGCUUGUAAUAAAUUCAGUUGGUCUAGUUGGACCACUAGGAGGAGGUCAGAGUGAUGUGGAAUGGGAGCUCCCUGUUGAGUAUAUCAUGAUCAACGACUUAACUGGUAAUACCGGCGCGGAACUGACAGAGCUCCUCCCCCACCUCCCAAAGCUCUCCAAAUUGGAAAUAUGGAAGUGUAACAACAUAAAAAAGCUGGUAGUGGGGUUGGAUGUGCAACAAAAAACACAAGAAGCAUCAGAGAUAACCGCAGCAGCAGAGGAAGAGGAUGACGGGGUGCUGCUCUUCCCAGCUCAUCUCUGUGACUCACUAAGGGAAUUGGUGUUCUAUGACUGCCCAGAGCUGGUCCUGGUGGACCCGCCAACUCUUGUUCCUGGAGAAGGAGGGUUCCAAGCUUUGCGAUCCCUCCAGAGAUUAACAAUAUUGCGGGCCCCAAAGUUGCUAUCCACCUUCUCCUUUUCCCGACACCUUUUUCCUUCCUCCCUGCAGUUCCUGAGCCUUGUAGGUGUGGAAGGCAUGGAGACACUCGAGCCCCUCUCAAACCUCUCCUCUCUCACCAGAUUAGAAUUAAUUCGUUGUGGAAAGGAUCUGAAAUGUCAGGGCUUGUGGUCUCUCCUUACCACCGGGGGCCAGCUCAACAAAUUAAGAGUCACUGGUAGCCAUAGAUUCUUUGCUGAUUGGGAUCCCAAUCCCAGACGGGCUUUGGAGGAUGCUGAGGGAGGUGAAGAGUGGCAGACACAGCUUGUUUCAUCCACACUGCGUGAGCUCUGGACAGAUGACAUAGCAGGACUUCUUGCUGCACCCGUCUGCACAUUCCUCUCUUCCUCCCUCACCAAGCUGCAACUUUGGGGGGAUUUGUGUGAAGGGAUGGAGCUGUUCAGCAAGGAGCAAGAGGACGCCCUUCAACUCCUCUCCUCCCUCCAGGAACUAGAGUUUUGGUCUUUCAAGGACGUUCAACAACUCCCUGCAGGGCUGCGUAACCUUACCAGCCUCAAGAUAUUAUCAGUCAAGUACUGUCCAGCCAUCUCGUCAUUGCCCAACGAUGGCCUCCCUGAUUCACUGGAAAAGCUAGAUAUCUUCAGCUGCAGUGAGGAGCUGAAACAGCAGUGCAGGGGGUUAGUGGGAACCAUCCCCAAAAUCAAAAUAGACUGCAUUGACUACUGAUCCAAGGACGAUGCCUUGGAGUUCCCUUGUACAUUCUUCUAGCCUUGUAGAGCUCUUCCCUUCCCAUUCAAACACAUGCAUGACACAACGAAGGCCUUGUGACUGUGGCCUUCCUUCCUCUACUUAAACCUGGUGUUUGUUCGAUCUUAUAGGCUUCUUCAUAUUUUGCAAUUAAAUUUGGGUUAUUGUUAUUCAUCAAGACGUGGCAGUCUACUCCCCUAUUUUGGGUGUCACGAUCAAAAUAGCAGUAGGACAUCAGUAUGGAAUAAAUGAGACUUCGGGCCAAGCUACUGAUAUUAAGGUGUUCUUAUGUUUGUUUGGUGGCUUUCAAGCCACCUGUGUUUACAUUUUGUCCAAAACUCAUGAAGACUGAAGGUGUGUCCGGAAAAUGUUCAGUUUUAGGGAUCAAAGAAUCAUCUUGGCAUAAUUAUGGAAAACAAUGAAUUUUCAGUGUUUUGCUGCUGAUCAUGUUUGCAGUUUUGCUUUCCAGAUGAAUCUCCUCAGAAGCAACAGAUUGAGUUGGGGGAAAGGUGUGGUUGGCAGUCUUCUUCCACUGCAAUAGCCACACACGAAUGGUGCUGUUCGGUGGAUGCAGUUUUAAGUUUCAGUUGUUCCUUGUGACAUCCUUGAUACCUUGCCCCUCAUUCUAUUCUUCCUCGGAUGCAGUGUACCAACCAAAUCCGUCUAAAGCGCACACUGGUCGCCCAGAAAUUGCUGCAGCCAUUGCCAAUAGCAUCCCCCAAAGCACAUUUUCAAGCUGAUGUUGCAUAUGAUAUUUUCGAAGGUAUCCCCGUGCUGCUGCAGCAUUGUGCAAGAAAAGGAUAAAGGCCAUAAUUACCAUUUCCUCCAUGUGCAGCUGACAGCCUUUUAUCACGAAAAACUGACACUGCAAAGGUUUGGUGAAGGUUUUGUACUCAUGGUUCUCGCCAAGUACUGCAAUUCCAGCAGAACAUUUAUUCAUGUGAGAAUUGGAGUGCUGCCAAGGAAUUGAAUUGCAAGUCUACGGAAUAAGAAUGCUAAUGAAGAAGAAGCCUUUCCUAGGAACCAGACUGCAGCUUCUGAAGAAAUCGACACUUGUCAUGUUGUUAUCUGAAGAAAUCGACACCCAGUGGUUAUCUUCAUCAAAUCUAACAGCAACGUACCACCGAUUUCCACGGAGUUCCGACACACUGCCACACCCUUGAUCGUGCAUCCAAUGGCUCUGAAGACUAGAGCUGUCACUUUUUGAAUUACUUUUACUGUCUCCUUGUUCACCAGCUUUUACAUUAUUAGCAUUAUAAAAGCUACCUUUCACUAGCUCAAAAAAGAAGUUACCUUUCACUGGUUGUAAUGGGUACAAAACGCCAGAUCGAUCUGAUAGCCCUGGAGCUCAACUUCCUGUACUUGGGGUAAAUCCCAGACGCCAUGUCCUUGGCUGGCGUGAACGUGUACCCUUAAUUCGCUAUAUAUUUUCUGUCACGACCAUCCUCUGAAUUCACCUA